CUCAUCAUGGUGUAACUGUGUGUGUGAUGGUGUGUGAUGUGUCCAGACUCUGUCAGGCUGCUGAAUGGAUCCAGUGUGUGUUCAGGCAGACUGGAGGUGAAGUCUGACCAGACCUGGUCCUCAGUGUGUGAAGCUGACUUUGACCAGCAGGAUGCAGAGGUGGUCUGCAGGGAGCUCGGCUGUGGGCCUUCUUCAGUCCUCCAGGGGGCGCUCUAUGGAGAAGGGGAGGCUCCCAUGUGGACCAAAGAGUUCCAGUGUGGAGGCCAUGAGUCUGCUCUGCUGGACUGUAGAAGCUCAGACUCUGAUAGAAACACCUGCUCACCUGGCAGAGCUGCUGGACUCACCUGCUCAGAUCCUGUCAGGUUGGUGGGAGGAGCCAGUCGCUGUUCCGGUACACUGGAGAUGAAACUGGGAGAAUGGAGACCAGUGGUUGGUUAUAGAUGGACCCUGAAAACUGCAGCUGUUAUCUGUGAACAUCUGGACUGUGGUUCUGCUGUUUCUGUGGGACAGAGAGAGGAGAUCUCAGACAUAUCUACGUGGUGGGUCGAAUCUAACUGUAUUCAUUCUGGAUCUCCUCUGAGGGAAUGUGCAACACCAUAUCAUGAUGACUCCAUCUGGAAUCUCACCUGCUCAGACUCUGUCAGGCUGCUGAAUGGAUCCAGUGUGUGUUCAGGCAGACUGGAGGUGAAGUCUGACCAGACCUGGUCCUCAGUGUGUGAAGCUGACUUUGACCAGCAGGAUGCAGAGGUGGUCUGCAGGGAGCUCGGCUGUGGGCCUCCUUCAGUCCUCCAGGGGGCGCUCUAUGGAGAAGGGGAGGCUCCCAUGUGGACCAAAGAGUUCCAGUGUGGAGGCCAUGAGUCUGCUCUGCUGGACUGUAGAAGCUCAGACUCUGAUAGAAACACCUGCUCACCUGGCAGAGCUGCUGGACUCACCUGCUCAGAUCCUGAUGAUGUCAGGUUGGUGGGAGGAGCCAGUCGCUGUACAGGUAGACUGGAGGUGAAACACCUGGGAGACCAGUGGAGACCUGUGAAACUCCUGGACUGGACCCUGAAGGCAGCAGCUUUCUUCUGUCAACAUCUGGACUGUGGUUCUGUUGUUUCUGCAGCAGAUCGACAUCUGUACUCAAAGACAUCUGUGUGGACAGUCUAUGCCGACUGUCUUUAUCCUGGUUUUGAUCUGAGAGAAUGUUUAAUGUCAGAUCGCUCUCCCUUCAUAAUGCAUCUCACCUGCUCAGAUUCUGUCAGGCUGCUGAAUGGAUCCAGUCUGUGUUCAGGCAGACUGGAGGUGAAGUCUGACCAGACCUGGUCCUCAGUGUGUGAAGCUGACUUUGACCAGCAGAAUGCAGAGGUGGUCUGCAGGGAGCUCGGCUGUGGGCCUUCUUCAGUCCUCCAGGGGGCGCUCUAUGGAGAAGGGGAGGCUCCCAUGUGGACCAAAGAGUUCCAGUGUGGAGGCCAUGAGUCUGCUCUGCUGGACUGUAGAAGCUCAGACUCUGAUAGAAACACCUGCUCACCUGGCAGAGCUGCUGGACUCACCUGCUCAGAUCCUGAUGAUGUCAGGUUGGUGGGAGGAGCCAGUCGCUGUUCUGGUACACUGGAGAUGAAACUAGGAGAAUGGACACCAGUGGAUGUUGAUGGAUGGACCCUGAAAACUGCAGCUUUCAUCUGUAAACUUCUGGACUGUGGUUCUGCUGUUUCUGUGGGAGAGACAAAGGAGACCUCAAACAGAUUUGUGUGGAGGAUCAAAUCGGACUGUGUUCAGUCUGGAUCUCCUCUGAGGGAAUGUGCAUUAUCCUAUAUCUUCACUUCCUCCAUCCUGAAUCUCACCUGUUCAGACAAGCCUGUCAGUGACAUCACCUCUGACAUCAUCAAAGGUUGGUCAAGAAGUUGUUUCAGGAGAUUUUAA